AACUAAAAGUCUCAAACAAAACCCUAUAUUUUUACAUUUUUCUUCCCAUUUUGCCCCCUACAUCCCCUAUUAGAUAUCUAUUAGAUAUGAAACCUCCAUUGAAAUUGAAUGUUAUACAGUCGUUCCCUUUACCCUCCCCAUGAGCAGGCUAGCACCCUUCAACGGCCGGAGAAAUCAAGAGUUCCUAUAAUAAACCCGUUUUCCGUUAUAGAUUUGCGCCUAUAUAUGAGCUAUUAUCGCUGCCGUUCACGGAGGGAGAGAGAGAGACACUCAGAUGCCAGACAAAACACCGGGCGUUGCACACCUGCACCCCGCUUCGCCAGUCGCCGCUGCACCGACAACGGUGUAGAAAUUAACUUUCGAGGUUUCCGAUCACCCCUGUUUCUCCUUGGCCUCUUCCCUCUUUCUGGCAUCAAACGAUUGCAACAACAGACCAUCAACAACAAUCAUCAAGAGCUACAAUGGUUUCCGGAAAGAAGACUGAUUUGCUGGCUGUUUUGAUGCAAUACUUUAUAAAGAUGUACAUAUUGGGAUCGAACCAUCAACUGCAAUGCAACACCAAAUAUGAUGGAAAGGCUGGGUUGGAAGACAACCCCUGGUUCAACAAAGAUUAUGGGAUCUGCGUUAGGGGUUGGUGGGGCAUGUGGUUGACCUUUUACAAGGGAGUUGACAUUCACUUGUGGAAAACCAAUGUUAACCUUUUAAAUGGUCAUCAUCAUUCAUCACAUGUUCUAUAUUCAAGCAAUAGAGUCAUGGGUUCCUUAUUGGCCAUCGGUAGUUCCAUAAGUUAUUCUAUCUGGUUGAUCAUUCAGUUUGAACAGACAAAUAUGCUUAAAACAUACCCUUGCCCGUAUUCGGUAACUGUUAUCACAUCGACCAUGGGUGCGGUUCAAGCACUUGUGUUUGGGCUAUGCACCGAAAGACAUUGGGGUGAUUGGAAGCUCGGUUGGAAUGUUAGACUUCUAACGGUAGCUUAUUCAGGCAUGUUGGCUUCUGGACUAAUGUUUACAUUCGUCACAAGGUGUAUGCAAAUGAGAGGUCCACUAUUCGUAUAUGCUUUUAAUCCUCUUUUGCUUGAUCUUGUGGCGAUAGCUGGAUCAUUGGUCUUGAAUGAAAGCCUACACUUAGGAAGUGUGUUGGGUGCGAUAUUGAUAAUAUUUGGAUUAUAUGCCGUAUUAUGGGGCAAAGGCAAAGAGGUAAAGAAGGUGGCUCAGUUGUGUCAGAUAAGAGAACCAAGCAUUAGAACGAGUGACGGUGCCAUUGAUGGUGAAUCAGAACACUCGAGUUUUGAUGUUGAUGAUAGUGAUUCGAAACAUUCAAGUGUACGAAGUGCGAAUGGAGAAUUAAGACGUGUUGAGGUUGUUGUGACAUGAUCAAACAAAAAAUGUUUAUAUGGUGUUGAAGAGCACAUAUAUGAUGCAAGAGUAAAAAUUGGUAGCUUAGGGAGGUUGCAUUAUGAUAACGAGAAGUCAAAAUUUAAACUUGCAUUUAUUUAAAAACAAUUGUUGUUAAAAGAAGAAAACACAAAUAAAUGAGGUUUUAAUAUUGACUUCUGGCUAAGUUUGGGUUUCUAGCUUUGGUGGUUAUCCAUUGAUGCUAAAAAAUAUUAAAUUUUGUUUUUGUUUCCUAUAGGCUUUAGCUAAUAUUGAAAUAGCUUACUCUU